UCUUAUCCUCUUUCUUACAAGCAAAUAAUCAAGUGAAAUUGAAAAAAUAUGGAGAUAAGCAAGAGUGUUAUAGUAAUGGUUGUGGUGUGCCUAGCACUAGUAAUAGGCAGCAAAGCACAGAGUGCAAGUAAUGUUAGGGCAACAUACAAUAACUAUAACCCACAAAAUAUUGGGUGGAAUUAUUACACUGCUAGCGUGUAUUGUGCUACAUGGGAUGGCAACCAACCUUUGUCUUGGCGCAAACAAUACGGUUGGACUGCUUUUUGUGGCCCCGUCGGUCCUCGCGGACAAGCUUCUUGCGGCAAAUGUCUUUUGGUAACAAAUAUGGCAACAGGAGCACAAACAACCGUAAGGAUAGUUGAUCAGUGCAGCAACGGAGGAUUAGACCUUGAUGUUAACGUUUUUAAUCAAAUUGACACCAACGGUCAAGGUUAUCAACAAGGCCAUCUUCAAGUUAAUUACCAAUUUGUCAAUUGUUAACCCUAACUCUCCCUUAAUUUAAUCACCCCAAAAAAAUAGUGCAUUCUAAGAGGGAUUAUGAUUUAUGUAUUUUUCACCUCAAUAAAACUAUGUCUUAUAUAUUAAUCAAUAUUUAUUUUAAGACUUUAUACUUUAAUUUA